AUGCUAAGAGACAAAGACAUGAGCAGCGGGAGUUACAACCUUUCCACCACCACGACGGGCAGCUACUACAGCUGUGUCAGCCAGAUCACCAUAGGUUAUGACAUUUCCGGGCCUGUUGCGAUUGGGCUCACCCACUGGAAAAAUCCUUACGCUCAAGGCAGACCUACCCUCCCGUCAGAUCUGCCUCUCUUCAUCUCCAAAGAUGCAGGCAUCCCCGUGUAUCACGAGACCCUCACCCGCAAGACUGAGCUGGCCACGCCUUUGUCCUGCCCAGCCUCACUGUCCAUCACUCCAGUGCCUUCUUACAGUAGCAGCAGCCAGGAAACCCUGAGUCAAGACACAACAGGUUUAAGUUUCUCUAUUCAUGGGGCUGAAAAGCGUUUGCAAAUCCAUCAACGGCGAAGUGUGGCAAGCCACCCAGGGUCCCGUCGCCUGCCCGUGGUCAGGCAUUCCUCACUUCCACCAAUUAGAAGGUCAAUAAAAAUGGAGGCAAGCUCUUCUGGACUGACUAAUGGGAAAACCAGAGCCUUCCACCCAGAAGGAGGAGUGGAUUUGCAAGGCUACCAGCUGGAUAUGCAAAUACUACCUGACGGCCCAAAGAGUGAUGUGGACUUUUCAGAGAUUCUUAAUGCAAUACAAGAAAUGGCCAAGGAUGUCAAUAUCCUUUUUGAUGAAUUAGAAGCUGUCAACAGUCCUUGCAAAGAUGACGAUUCUCUCCUUCACCCUGGAAACCUGACCAGUACUUCAGAUGAAGCUAGCAGAUUGGAAGCAGGGGGCGAGACAGUGCGGGAAAAGAGCAAGUCAAAUGGACUCUACUUCAGAGAUGGGAAGUGUCGAAUCGACUACAUUCUUGUGUACAGAAAAUCCAGCCCCCAGACUGAAAAGAGAGAAGUUUUUGAAAGAAAUAUCAGAGCAGAAGGAAUACAAAUGGAGAAAGAGUCCUCCUUAAUAAAUAGUGACAUUAUCUUUGUGAAGUUGCAUGCCCCGUGGGAAGUGCUUGGAAGAUAUGCAGAACAAAUGAAUGUAAGAAUGCCCUUCAGGAGAAAAAUCUAUUACCUGCCCCGCCGGUACAAGUUCAUGAGCAGGAUCGAUAAACAAAUAAGCAGGUUUCGGAGAUGGUUACCGAAGAAGCCAAUGAGGCUGGACAAGGAGACACUGCCAGACCUGGAGGAGAAUGACUGCUACACUGCCCCUUUCAGCCAGCAAAGGAUCCAUCACUUCAUCAUACACAACAAAGACACCUUCUUCAACAACGCCACAAGAAGUAGAAUCGUGCAUCAUAUUUUACAAAGAAUAAAGUAUGAAGAAGGAAAAAACAAAAUUGGUCUGAAUCGCUUGCUUACCAAUGGCUCCUAUGAAGCUGCCUUCCCUCUGCACGAGGGAAGUUACAGAAGCAAAAACUCCAUUAGAACCCAUGGAGCCGAAAACCACCGACACCUGCUGUAUGAGUGCUGGGCCUCCUGGGGCGUGUGGUAUAAAUACCAGCCUUUGGAUCUCGUAAGGCGGUACUUUGGAGAGAAGAUUGGGUUGUAUUUUGCCUGGCUGGGCUGGUACACCGGCAUGCUCUUUCCAGCUGCCUUCAUUGGACUGUUUGUCUUUUUGUAUGGAGUCAUCACUCUGGAUCACUGCCAAGUCAGUAAAGAAGUCUGCCAAGCUACAGAUAUCAUCAUGUGUCCUGUGUGCGAUAAAUACUGUCCAUUCAUGAGGCUGUCAGACAGCUGCGUUUAUGCCAAGGUCACCCACCUUUUUGACAACGGAGCCACUGUCUUCUUUGCUGUUUUCAUGGCCGUCUGGGCAACAGUCUUCCUGGAGUUUUGGAAAAGACGAAGAGCAGUAAUUGCCUAUGACUGGGAUUUGAUAGACUGGGAAGAAGAGGAGGAAGAAAUACGACCCCAGUUCGAAGCCAAGUAUUCCAAGAAAGAGCGGAUGAAUCCCAUUUCGGGAAAGCCAGAACCAUACCAAGCAUUUGCAGAUAAAUGCAGCCGACUGAUUGUUUCUGCAUCAGGAAUAUUUUUUAUGAUCUGCGUGGUGAUCGCUGCUGUGUUUGGGAUCGUCAUUUACCGGGUCGUGACCGUCAGCACUUUUGCCGCCUUCAAGUGGGCGUUAAUUAGGAAUAACUCUCAGGUCGCAACCACAGGGACUGCCGUGUGCAUCAACUUCUGCAUCAUCAUGCUGCUGAAUGUGCUCUAUGAAAGAGUUGCACUUUUUCUGACCAAUUUAGAACAGCCUCGCACAGAGUCGGAGUGGGAGAACAGCUUCACCCUGAAAAUGUUUCUUUUUCAGUUUGUCAAUCUGAACAGCUCCACAUUUUACAUCGCCUUCUUCCUCGGAAGAUUUGCAGGACACCCAGGUGCCUACUUGAGGCUGAUAAACAGGUGGAGACUAGAAGAGUGCCACCCUAGUGGAUGCCUUAUUGAUCUCUGUAUGCAAAUGGGUAUUAUAAUGGUGCUAAAGCAGACCUGGAAUAAUUUCAUGGAACUUGGCUACCCGUUAAUUCAGAACUGGUGGACUAGAAGAAAAGUACGACAAGAGCACGGGCCAGAAAGGAAAAUAAGUUUCCCGCAGUGGGAAAAGGACUACAACCUUCAGCCGAUGAAUGCCUACGGACUCUUUGAUGAAUACUUAGAAAUGAUUCUUCAGUUCGGAUUCACAACUAUCUUUGUGGCAGCUUUUCCCCUAGCACCACUUCUGGCCUUACUAAAUAACAUAAUUGAAAUUCGACUUGACGCCUACAAAUUUGUCACACAAUGGAGGCGACCUUUAGCUUCAAGGGCCAAAGACAUAGGAAUUUGGUAUGGAAUUCUUGAAGGCAUUGGAAUUCUCUCUGUUAUUACAAAUGCAUUUGUCAUCGCGAUAACAUCCGACUUUAUCCCUCGCUUGGUGUAUGCUUAUAAGUAUGGACCUUGUGCAGGCCAAGGAGAAGCUGGGCAAAAGUGCAUGGUUGGCUAUGUGAAUGCCAGCUUGUCUGUGUUUCGUAUUGCUGACUUUGAGAACCGAUCUGAGCCGGAGUCCGAUGGCAGUGAGUUCUCGGGGACUCCUCUCAAAUACUGCAGAUACCGAGACUACCGUGACCCUCCUCACUCACUGGUGCCCUACGGCUACACGCUGCAGUUCUGGCAUGUCCUAGCGGCUCGACUGGCUUUCAUCAUUGUGUUUGAGCACCUCGUGUUUUGUAUAAAGCACCUCAUUUCAUAUCUGAUCCCAGACCUCCCAAAAGAUCUAAGGGAUCGAAUGAGAAGAGAGAAGUACUUGAUCCAGGAGAUGAUGUAUGAGGCAGAACUGGAGCGUCUCCAGAAGGAACGGAAGGAGAGGAAGAAAAAUGGCAGAGCACACCACAACGAGUGGCCGUGACCGGUUACAGUUCAUUUCCCGGCCAAGGACCCCGAACUCUGUUUACUUCUGGCUGUGCAGGAGCAC